UUGUUAUCUAUUGGCUGUUACUAACUUGACACGCGUUAGGUUUUUGGUUUUCUUAACAUUUUAAUUUUUUAAUUUAAUGCUGCAAACUGUUAUCUAAUCCUAACUUUACACGCGUAUUUAUAUUUUUUUUUUAUUAACUUUUUCCUCUUUACUAGUUCACUAUUAAUUUGUUACCGAUCUAAUUGAAUUGCUGUUUUCGAGAUUUCUACUCUCAUAGUUCAUACCAAGUGUAAAUACGGCAUCUUAAAGCCUACAAUAUUAUUUUACUGUAAAAUGAAAAUUUGAAAACUUCGGUCUCGUUUAAGUGAUUUCACAUAAUAAUAAUAUAUACUCUGAGGCCUGCACUCUGUAUUUGACAUCAGUCGUAUCUUGUAUAUAUUAUAAUAUUACCAAUGGAGGAGUAUUCCGAAGAAAUAUUUUGCUGUUCUCAGUGGAUCAAAAACGGAAAAUUCGAAAAAGUAUGCAUCCAAUUACCGGACUACAUGUUGUGCAAAAGUGUAUCAAUUUCAUCUGAAUUUGAAAGACUGUUGGCUCACCGUGUAUACAUACUCGGUGAUACAUCCUAUGGCAGCUGUUGUGUUGAUGAAACAGCCGCCCAACACAUAGCUGCUGAUUGUAUCAUUCAUUUUGGACGGUCGUGUCUGACACCAAAUAGUCACCUUCCUGUCUAUUACGUUCUUCCUAAACAGCCGUUAGAUGAUGUCCAGUGUGCCAAUUCGAUAAUCAAAACCUUUGAAACUGAUGAGGGACUUGUUUUGGUAUUGUACGAUGUGGCUUAUCAUCAUGUACGAGAUCAUUUGGCAAAAUCAUUAGCACCUGCAAAAUCAAUAAUAUUAUCUGACAUAGAUUUAAAGGAACAAAAUACUACUAGUUGCACUGUAUCUGAUGGCCAAGAAUAUACAUGCAUAUUUGGAAGACAAUUUCCGAACUUAAAUUACAAAAAUAUUGUUUACAUAGUUCAUGAUAACUACAUGAACAAUGUUGAUAGAUUUAUACUAGAGAAAAAAGAAUGUCAAGUAUAUAUCUAUCAAAAUAGUUGUAAUAUAUUAACCCAACGAAGCUUGUCAUCAGUGAUAAAAAAAAAAAACUUUACAAAAGAAAAGAUAAAAGAUUCUACUCAUAUUGGAAUUCUCAUAUGUAGUUUAAGCAUCAAAGAUUUACUCGAGCGUAUUAAUAGAGUUAAAUGUUUGUGCAAAAAGACAAACAAAAAAUGUUACAUUUUUUCUGUUGGGCGUCCUAACGUUGCCAAAUUAGCUAAUUUUCCAGAAAUUGAAAUCUUUGUGAAUAUUACAUGUGCAGAGGGUGUCAUAGAAAAUCAAAAAGAAUACAUGCAACCAAUUGUUAAUAUUGAUGACAUUGAAUUGGCUUUGGGGACUGAUUACUCAAAUUUACCCGAUAUGUCUUUAGUAACUAACAAAUUAAGAAACAUAACAAUGCCUAAUGAAGAAAUCGAGUUAUCUUCAGCAUUAAAUGUCAGAACAGAUAUGUCAUUAUCAAUGGUUACUCAAAAUAGAACAUGGACAGGGCUCAAUCCACACGACACACGACCUCCAGUUAUAAUAGCUACUGAAGGAAGAAAAGGCACACCGAGCUCUGGAUAUAUAACAUCUGAUUCAGAUCACCGUAGCUAAAGAUAACAGUUUAUGAAUGUGUUUUCCAAAAUAUAAACAUUUCUAUUUUGGUUAAUGAAUUUGAUAAAGUAAUAUUGUUCAAAUUUUUAGUAUAAGAUUUGUUAUUCAAGUAAUAAUUAUUGUAUGUAAGUAAUAAUAAUUUCUUACUUUCAAAUUAAACAUUUUGAUAUAUUU